GGUUCCUCAAGAGUAUUAGUUUUUACUAAUAAAUGGGGCGAGGAUAUAAAAAUGAACGUUACGAUCUAGCAUGCCAUUGCUACAGUUCAAGCUAGCAUUCCAGUCAAAGUUGGAGACAGAUAGCAGAGAUAGGAUAACCCCAAAGAUGAAGUAUGAACUACGUAAUGUUCUUCUAAACUACUAAAUGUUAAGGUAUACAAAGCGAAAAGCAAGACCAAAAAGAAGACCUUGCUUGAUACAUACCAAAAAAAAAAAAGCAAAAAGAAAUGCAUCAUCCGUGAAUCGAACACGGGCCUCAUCGAUGGCAACGAUGAAUUCUACCACUAGACCAAUGAUGCUGUUCUUGUUAAAGAGUCAAUCAUCUUUUUGCUUUAUGUGGGGAAAAAGAAGGGAAAAAAAGAGUGCAGAAUUUGUCUGCGACGGCCCGAGAAACCACGCUAUCACCUAAUUGGGUAAGGCGAUCAUUACGGAGUUGCCCAAUUCGGAUCCCGGUUCUCCUGUUCACAGUUCAUUCUUAUCCGUCCUCA